GGCUUGCACAUGAAAUUCUAGAAUUUUUUUUGACACAUCACGUUUUGUUUUGAGAUUUUUUAACAAUUUUAAGCUUUAGAAAUGGAUUUCACCUCGCUAUUAUCCAUUGCUCAAGAUAACAGCAAGAAGCAUAAACCGUCUGGAUAUAGAACAGAGUUGUCUGCCCCAAAACGUGAAAAACAAAACAAGCCAAAGUCGGAGGUUGUGCAAAAACUUAUUGAUGAAAAAAGGAAAGAAAAAGAAUUGGAAGAAAGAAAGAAAAGAGAUCAUGAAAUGAGGAAAAAAUGGAGAGAAGAAGAGAGGCAGAAGCAAGAGGAAAAGAAUAAAAAGUUUGUCAUUCCAAAGAAAAAGGAAACAAUAGAAAAUGUUCUGAAAGAUUUGGAAAGUGACAGUGAAGAGAAUGUGUCAGACAGCAGUGUGAAGAAAGUCGCCUCAAACCAAGCAAAAGAUAGUCAUAGUCACCGUCAUGAGAGUGAAAAGAGAGAUCAUAAUCAUAAACAUGACAGUCAUAAAUCUAGUAAACAUAAUAGUGACCAUAGUGAACAUAAAAGUGAAAAACAUAAACCCCAUAGUAACCAUUCUAGUAAAACAAGUAGUGACAGACAUGAAAGUAAAGAAAGGGAUAAGUCUGAAUCUAGAGAUAAAAGUUCUCGAGAAGGAGGGUCUAGUCACAAAUCACAUGGCAACUCUUCCAGUUCUUCACAUAAAGAUAGCAAAGAUCGCGAGAAACACAGUCACUCCAGUUCAAGUAGUGCCCAUAAACACUCUAGUAGUGGUAGUAGUAGUAGUAAACAUUCUUCUAGUAGCAACAAACAUUCAUCAAGCCAUCAUUCUAGCAGUUCAUCUUCCCAUCCAGGUAGCGGGAAAUCUUCCAGUAUUUCAAACAGUUCAUCUCACAGAGAUAAAGAGGGUAAAAAGUCCAGUAGUGGAUCAGGGAAAAAAUCAGCGAAAGAUCUCAGUCUUGAUGAACUUAGAAAACAGGUGAGGGAAAUGAAGGAACACGAGGCAAAGCUGGCUAUGGAAGAGGAGAAAGAAAAAAAUGCAGUAGAGUUUCAGAAAAAUAGGAAAGGUGUAGAGUUAGAUGAAGUAGAAGCAAAGAAAGCUCAAAUUUUGUCAAGAACACAGAUGAUCCUAGAGCGGACUAAGGCAAGACUUGCAGAGGAAAGAAUGGGGCAAAAACAGAAAAGACAGAGGGAGGGAGGCAAAAGGACAAGUGAUAAAGGGGGUCUAUCAAGUAAAGAAGCCGAUAAAAUCAAGUCAAAGAGUGUCGUAAAAGAUGACGAUUCCUCGGAUGAUGAACCUAAUGCAUCCCUCGAUCUCAGCUCUAAUGAGAUUCUCAUGCAUACAGAAUCUGGAGACAUUCUUAAAAACAUCAAGAAAAAAAUUGAUGCACAGCUUGGUAAUUAUAACUUCCCAGAUAAGGAUCCUAAAGAGAGGAAAAUAAGAAAAAGUUCAACAAAUGACAGAAAAGAGGUACAUAAAUCGAAACAUGAUAAAAUUAAAGAUAAGCAUAAAAAUAAUCAUGAUAAAAAAGCUAAGAUUAAAGAAAUGAUGCGGAAGGAUUAUCAAAAUAAUUUCUCAGGAGGAAAAGAACCCAAAGUGAAGAAACCUGUGAUAGUACGGAGGUUCCAACAACAACCCCCAUCAUUAAACUUUAACGAUUUAUUAAAAAUUGCGGAGAAAAAGUGUCAAGAAAAAGUUCCAGAACCUGUAUUCAAAAUACCAAAAAAGGUUGAAGAGAGACCACUCACACAAGAAGAAAUUGAUCGCAGAAGAAGGGCCGAGGAAGUGAAGCAACAACGCAAAGAAGAGGAGUUAAUGUAUAAUAACAGCAUGAAACAAGCAGGGAAAUCAAAUGCCAGUGAUAAAAGUGCAAUGAAAUCUAAAAGUGAUUCAAGUUUAUUGAAAAAUGCAUUGACAGGAAAAUCAGAUAGAAAUAGUCCAGGUCCAAGACCUAACAAGUCUGUUAGAGAAAACAAACCAAUGAACCCAAAGGAUAAGAAAGUAACUAAGUAUGAUGUUGAAAAUGAUAAUGUUCUUGUAUGUAGACCAUCAUCUUCUUCAGGAAGUGUUAAAGCUCAACAGGUUCAAGAAUCUACGAACCCCUUUGAUAGAAUUUAUAACCAGAUCAAGAAAAAUAACCCAAAACCAGAGAAAAGAAAGCGUGCAAUACUGGAGAGUUCUGAUGAAGAAGAUGAUGAAUACGAUGAAGAUGAUGAUUUUAUAGAUGAUGGUGAUGACGGGUCAUUGGACGUCUCCGCAGAAAUCAGAAACUUGUUUGGUUAUGACAAGAGAAAGUUCAGGGAUGAAGAUGAUGAUAUUGAUAAUAUGGAGGCAAACUUUGCUACCAUCAUGAAGGAAGAAGUCCGCAGUGCUAAGAUAGGUAAAAUGGAGGACCUGGAAGAUAUCAGAAGAGAAGAGGAAGAAUUGAGGAGAAUGAAAUUGGCCAAGAAGAAAAAGAAAUAUUAAUAGGUGCUACUAGAAUAACAGUGGGAACACUUCUUUAUAUGGAGAAGGAUUUAAAACUGUGAAAAACAAUAGUAUUGACAUAUAGUUAUUAUAUAGUGGUGAAUUUAUUUUUUUUUGCUCCUGGAUUUUUUUCCCCUGUCUAGCAUAUAGUCACAAGUUUGUCUUUUCUCUGUCACACAUAUCUUUUCUCCUAGCACAAUCAUUGCUAGACUGAUACCAUGGAUAAAUUGAUAUAGCUGAAUUUUUCAUGGAUAAGGAUGUCAGAUUUACUGAUGUUUAAAAUAGAUUAUUCUCUUCAUCAGUAUAGCAAGGUGUAUUUUUGCUAUCUUUUUGCUAUGUUAAUUGAAGCCAAAGUGAUUAGCCACUGAUAUAUAACUUGGUCAGCCUGAACAGGCUGUAUUCUUUUGUACUUUUAGUAGCUUAAUUGUGUAUUUUGAUAUUGAAAUUCCCUAAACAUGGAAUUGAGUCAAUGGGCCAUCCCAAUUUGAUAGAUGGGGUAUUUCCAUCAUUUAAAUAUAGCAGGUUAGGUGUUAAGGCAGAGAUGUUGAUGUUAUCUAUGUAUAUGAUUAAAGCAAUGUCAGGGAGCAUUCAAUGGUGUAACUGGUAUACUUGUUAUCUCUAUGUACCAUAUGAAAGAAAAUAUCAAAUAGUUUUUUAUAAUGUAGAAAAUAAAUCUACAUUUCAUAACAAGAAGGGAAAUGGUUGGUUAAUAUGUCAGUUAUUGCAUUUAAGCUCAUGGUGCUGAUAAACUGUUUUCAGAAGAGACAGCCUGUAUUUUGUGUGUCAACAUAUAUCUAGAAAUAUCAGAUAAAUUCUGACGAAUUUGAUACAUUAAUAAUAAGGGUUUUAUGGAACAGUACUUGCAUGGUUUAUUUAAAGGGUUAAAGGUGAUGUUUAGUUGGACCACCCUUGGUGAAUAUUGUUCAAUUAUAUUUGGUUGUGUUUUGCUUUAUUCAUUGAUUAGUAUUCUUAAGAAUUGAUGGCCAGUUUUUAACAUUUUUCAGAAAUAAAAUGCAUGUAAUUUUCCUCUAAAACUUGGUGAUGUAAUUAUGUUUACACUGUUGAACACAGAGUUAUUGAUAUGUAUUGGUAACUUGCUAAUUUACUCUUGUGUUCUUUGUCAUCAGUAAAGCAGAUCUCAUCACAUGUUGUGAUCUUCCAUUGCUGUGAUGAUAUUGAUUAUAUUUAACUGGCCAUUUAUCUAAAACAGUGGGGGAUAUAUAUAUUUACAUAAUAUAAUACAUACAGACAUUAGAUCUUUAUCUCAAAAUAGAUUUAUGCAUGGGGAGUAGGGGGUGGAUAGGGAAGGGGUCUGUAUACAUGUGGUAGAUCCUUGCAAUUGUUAUCUAUAGAUUAGAUUGUCUGAACAAAAUUAAGUAUGAUGUGUCAAAAAAUAUUUUUAUUGCAAAAUAUUUUAAGAACCAGCCAUAAAGUAGCAGCAGUCAAGAUUUGUGGCAAUUCUUACACCAAAACGUUUGAAAGUUUUUCAAAUAGUAAAAAUAUGAUUAAAUUGAACUUAUAAUGUAUUUAAGCUUGCCAGAUACACUACAGUAGACCACAUUAAUAUUCUAAAACUUGUCAAAACGUGCCAAAGCAGUCCUUACUAUCUAAAAAAGAUCUGGUAAUGAAAAAUUUCAGUUAUAUUUUUCAUUGUGAGUUCAUGUAUUGGUAUUUGUGCAAUUCUCAAAUUUCCUCAUGUAUUUUUUUUUAACUUUAUAUUUUUUGAAACUGCUUGCUUACUUGGUAAAAUAUGCUACAUUAUAAUAUUCUCUCUUUUUUCUGAAUCAGGUAUGCUUUUUGUCAUUUAAAGCAAUGUCUUUAUUGUGAAUGUUAUUUUAUUUUCUUUGGUAUUUUCACGAUUUCUCCACAUUCUAAAUUUGUCAAAUUUAUUAAGCUAUAUGUACAUUGUUUUCAUGUGGAAAUUUAUUAGUUUUGUAAAGAUCUUUAAGGAUGCUUGUUACAGUUUUUAUAUACCAUAUAGACAUAUAGGCAGAAUGAAGAUUUUUUUCAAAGGCUUCAUUCAAACAUUGGAUGAUCAGGGACUUACCCCUUAAAAACUUUUGUCCUAAUAAAGGCCCUGAUUGUUUUGUUUUUUGGGUUUUUUUCUUGUGAAGCUGUCAAUGUCAGGGUUCAUUUGUCAGUGAAUAUUGGCCUGAGUCUUACAAUAACCAAAUUAAAAUAAAUGAAGUAAAAACUUACCUUUUAUUUAUUCGUUUCUGAAGCAUUACAAGCCUUUGAAUAUGUGGUUUUUGAUGUCAUUUUGGUGUGUUUUAUCGUUUAUGUUGCAAGCUUGCACAGUAAAAACAAAUAAGAUUAGAGGGAAAAGUAUCAUAUAAUUUAAAAAACAUAUUCUGAUUUUGAAAAAAAAAGAGUUACAUGUAUAUUUCCUUUUUACACAUAUUUCUCACAUUUUGCUCUGAGAUUUUUCAAAAAAAAAAAAAGUGCCAAUGUGUUAUGUAAUGCAUUAAUAAAGACUUUUGAUAUCUUUUUAUUCAAAUGCACAAUUACUUUUAAUAGAAGUUGGCAAAGAAAUUGAUUCUGUAAAUGAGUACAGACAUGUCCAUAUACCAUUGUGCAAUAACCCUUUCCAUAUACAUGAAUACAAGAACCUUUAUAAGAAGAUAAAAAAUUUGUACAAUUACCUUUAUUAGAAAAUGUACAUGUUUACAGUUACCUUUAUUAGAAUAUGUAUAGAAUUACAUUUAUUAACAUGUUUAUUAGAACAUUUACAUUGUGUACAAUUGUAUAUUAAAGUGUUAAUGGUACAUGUGUACAAUUACAUUUAAGGAAAUAUUUUUUAUUAGUUGUUUAUUAAUAAAUAUACAAUUGAUGUACAUAUUAUUUGUAUUCAAAGGGAGUGCAUUGUAUUUACAAAGUUAUUAUUUUCAAAGCGGGGAGCUUUGAAUGAUGUUGGAUUGAAGUAGGUUUUCAUAGAUUGUUGGUUUACAUGAUGGGCAUGUUUUGAUAUAUAUGAAGUUUAACUUUACUGUGUACAUUUCUAGAAUGUUAUUUUAUAUGUUAUUUAUUUUUUUGAAUUAUGUGGUAUGACCAUUCACAUAGGUUAAGGUGAUAAGCAAAUCAAACCUUUAGAAAAUUAUCACAUCUUUAUGCAAGUGUUAGAAAGUCAAUUUAUAAUAUGUAUUGAUAAAAUUAAUAAUGUUUACUUGGUUAAUAAUGUUACCUUACUUAACUUACACUGUCUGACAUAAUACUGCGAAAUAAUUGUCUGCGAGAAUACUUCUAAGUUAUCCAGUUUUGGUUUGUGGGCAGUUUUGAAAAAAAAAUUGUGAGUUCUUUUUAUCUUUAAUUUGAUGAAACUAUCAUUAAAUCGUACGAAAACUUGGUGUCAUGCAUAUGUCAUACGUAAUGUAUUGUAGGGGCACCUUUGAUAAUUUAAUAUUUAUGCUUGCUAAAAAGUUGCCAUAUAACUUUACUUUAAAGCAUAUUUAUAAUUUUGCAAUUCUCUUUGUAUUUUUUUAAGUCAGAUCAUUUUACAUUUGCAUUUUUGAGAUGGUAACAGAUUUUGUUUACGGAGAAUGAAGUAUUUCUGUGGACAUUGUGAUAUUUAUAAUAGAUUUACAUGUUUGUCAUUAAUUUUAUUAACUGUAUCAACAUUAAAAUAGAUUGAAUAAAAUUUAACUGAGGUUUUGGUAUAAUGGGACUCGGCUGAUUUUUUUACAUGAUAGGACUGGAAAUAUUUUCCUGAAAUUUGUGUUCCAAUUUAUGAAGGUCAUUCCCUUAAUUCUGUUUUUCCAAAUUAACCAUUUUUAUUGUGCAAAAUGACACUAGAAAUGACCAUUGCUACCAUUUUCACUCAAAUCAGGCUAAAAAAAGCACAAAAUCAAUUUUCAAAUUAAUUCUUUGUACACAUGUAUUUCUUUCUUUGCAGAGAUUUCCAUUUUAAGUUCUUCACUUAUUAUUUGCGACAAAUUUUAUGUCUUGGGGCCUUUGGACAUCAGUUUAGUUUGUUUAAUAAGCUAAUAAAUUUGAUAUAAGUACAUGUAUUCAACAUUAUAGAAAAUAAAUAAAAUUUUAAUCAUUUAUCCUGCUGAAGCUAAAAAGUGAAGCUAAAAAGUGAUAAGUCUUUGCCACCAGUUUAGACCCAUGCUAGUCGGUAUAUUUAUGCAUUCUGACCAGUCUUUAUUGUUGACGGACUAACUUUAAAUUAUCAUCUUGGUAUCCUGACUAUCCUCGGUCAAUAAUGAACAGUUCCAAACAUGAACGCUGGGUAAGUCUAUAAUCCAUUUUAGAAUUUCAGCAUGUUUAGGUCUUGGAAGUUUUUUUCUGUUCCAUGCAAAGGUUCUUCUAACGUUACUGAAGGGAAAUAUUGAUUUAAUGUUUAAAAAUAUGACUAUAAAAUAUGUGAAAACUGCCAGGCAGUUGGUCAUUUUGUUGAAGUGUUCAAUUUAUUGAAUUGAUUUAUACAGUGGAAAAAUAAAAUACGAUUUAUUUAUAGAAAACAUU